AUGAAGAAGACCUUUACAACUCCUCUUUGCUUUGGAUUUCUAACUUUGUUCUGUGUGAUGAUCCUUUCAGAAUCUGUGCAUGGACGGCCAUUUCUUGCCCAAGGAAAUGAACUGUUUUCAAAUAAAGAAGACACAAAUCACGAAGAACUAUUGCUGGGUCUACUGAACAAAGAUUUUGAUUUCCAAAGGCCUUCCAAGAUGGAUGUAGAACUGGAUAACGAAUUAGAAGAACUUAACCGGCUAGAAAAGCUAAAAGGACAACUUUCAAAAGCAAAGCAUGCUGAGAUAUCCUAUGCUAUAAAUGGUCCACCCCCCUCCCAUCUUAACAAAUGA